GAGACAGGUCCCGCGAGAGGCGCCCAGCGAGUCCCAGAAGUCCCUCACGGUAUACGUCUCCGCACCUGCUGGAGGAGCACCCCGAGAACCAGCCGCUGUCGCUCACCAUCCGGGACAGAGAUGACGAGAGCUCCUACUGGCGAGAGGACGCGCGCGCCGCCAGCCCGGGUCGCUUGGAGUCGGCCGCGGAGGCGCCUCGCCGCGCGCUGCCCCCCAUCAGCCGCAUUCUCCCCAGGCCGCUCGUGGGGCGCUCCCGCUCGCCCUCCAUGCCCGUCUCCGACAUGCUGUGUCCCCCCCCGCAGGACACGCCCCUGGACUGCCACGUCCCCCGCCGCUCCGUGUCCCCCCGCCUCCCCCCCUUCUCCGACGUCCGGCGCCACCAGCGCGCGCCGUCGCCCAUGGAGUACGACCAUCCGGCCGUCUCGCUACCACGACGACCACGCCCUCCCGUACGACCUCACGACUCGCAGGUCGCGCUCUCCCAGAACGAUCUCGCCGCAGUCCCUCCCGCCGGUGCUGGCCUCCAUGCGGCUCCGCGAGUGCACAAACGCCGAGGACAAAUGCCCUCCGGCAUCUCCAGCAUAGAGAGCGCCUCGCAGCCUCCGCCUCUGCCCUCGCCCGUGGAGCCGCACGUGUACUCCCUGCCCGAGCACUGCCGCAGCAUCCCCCUCACCGCCAACGACACCUCCCCCGCCUUCCCCGCGCCCUCACACUUCAGGGAGAAACACCUUACACGGUGCCAGUGCCCUCCCCGUCGCCGCUCCCCGUGUCCCCGCCCCUGAGCAGCGCCACGUCGCCCCUCACCGUGGCCACGACUACCCUCCGCUCCCCUCCCGAGGCGCAGACGUACGAGCCGCUCACCACGCAGACGCAGGUGCCGCUCGUGUCGUCGACGGACCUCCAGAGCGGCUGGAGCGAGCGCUCGCCGACGUCGCCGCAGUACCAGACCAACUACGCGAGCCGCCCUUCCCCCGGCGGCAGUUCCCUCAUGGACGCCUCCUCCCCGCCGCUGCAUGACAUACAGCAUGAAGUGCCGCUUCAGGUUCGAGUGUCCAUAUUGCAGCAACGCCUGGGACUUCCGGAGGACACGCCCCUCGAGUUCGUCAACGGAGGUCACGGCAUCAAGAACCCGCUGGCGCCCUCGACCGACACCACGAGGCAGGAUGUCAACGAGAAACUGCCACCGCCAGUGAUUGAAGACGACAGCAGCAAGUUCGUGUGCCGCGUGUGCUCGAAGACCUUCAGCCUGCAGAGGCUCCUGAACCGCCACAUGAAGUGCCACUCGGACGUCAAGCGCUACCUGUGCACCUUCUGCGGCAAAGGCUUCAACGAUACCUUCGAUCUCAAACGCCACACCAGAACUCACACCGGUGUGCGGCCCUACAAGUGCAACCUGUGCGAGAAGUCGUUCACCCAGCGCUGCUCCCUGGAGUCCCACUGCCUCAAGGUCCACGGCGUGCAGCACAGCUACGCCUACAAGGAGCGCCGUUCCAAGGUCUACGUGUGCGAGGAGUGCGGCCACACCACCGGCGAGCCCGAGUGCCACUACCUCCACCUCAAGGACAACCACCCCUACAGCCCUGCCCUCCUCAAGUUCUACGACAAGAGGCACUUCAAGUUCAACAACUCCAACUUCACGAACGUGCUCCUCAUGAGUCAAACAUAGGCGCUAACUUAGGUCGAGAGAGAACGUGUAAUGUUGAUAGGCAACGUUAUGUUAGAUGCUUGUAAAGUCAGCUGUCCUUCCGGGGCCUCGGGAUACAAGGAGCCGUGGCUCUUCUCCAGCCUGAGAGGCGAGCCGAGAACCACGGCGUCGCGGGCCACGCAGGACGCACGAGCCAAGGACACCACUGCCUUCGGGCGCACCUCUGACGACCGCCGGCCUGCAGAGCGAGCCGCGGUCGAUGCUGGGUCUCUCCCUUGGAACUGGAUCCUCGGGCGCAGACUAAUCACGUGAUGCUUGAGCCCUGAGUUCUUUGGAAGCUAUAUCCAGCAGAUUUUUUUUUUCGAGAGACAUUAAACAAAUAUACCUCGCUGGCUACUGCGUGGUGCGUAUUUUUGUAUUCUGCUUGACAAAAAAACAUUUAAGGCAUUAUUAAAUAAUCAUAUGUAGAUAUAUUUGAUCAUGGAAAGUUCAUAACUUUUCUCUAGAUUCACGUGUGUGUCUAUAAUACAAGUUUAUCAGCCUUGGUGUUUACGUGUAGGCUGUAUGAAACAGAAUAUGCGGAUAACAGGAUAAAUAUAAGACACGCCGUAGUUUUUGGCACUACAAGUGUCUAGGUUUAUGUGGAUUCGUUGCAAUAUAGAUUUUAAGAUAUUGCUGAACCAAUGACAGUCAGGCUGCAUUGCCUUCUUGCAAGAACGUGCAGUCAUGUCAAUGUCUAUAGACUUCUUAUUGCUAUACUUCCUCUAUGUACUUGAACAAAAGAUAUAUAUCAUCCUUCGCAAACGUUUCGCUAUUUUAUAACAAAUAGGAAAAAAAACAAGAUUAAAAGAAAACGAUACUCUCAUUUUUUUUUAGCAUGAUACUGAUCUCCGGAUUAAUCCAUGGGCAUUAGUGGAAUAUGGUGCUCCUCCCGUAAUGAAGCAAAUACCUACCAAUGAUAUUUACCUCAAUAGUCUCAGAGGCCCUUCCCAGCAAACCGGGCUGCGAUGGUCAGAGGGUACGUAAACAAAAGAUUAAUUAAAAACGUUUCGUACUAUCAUACAAACGUUUUCUUUUGUGAUUCCCCCACGCAAAGACGGUAGGCAAUGACCCCUCCCCUCCCCUUCCCCCCUUUUUUACGAUAAUUAUUAGAUUUUAGCGAUAUUUUUGCCGUAAAAUUUAAAAAAAAAACAAAUUGGAAAAAGAGAGCUGGGUAGCAAAUUUACAAAAAAAAAGGUGCGACCCUCUGUCAAUACACCAUGGUAGGCAGUCGCAAUGUAAAGUGAUAGUAGUCUGUAGUCUUUUUCCUCUAGGUGACUUUUCGAUCGUGUGGUGAUUCUACCGGUGAAGUACAAUGUCUGAAGUGUAAAUAAGCUGUACAUAGUGAUCUUUUAGUGUGGUAUUUUUUAUAUAUAUAUAU